AUGGAAAGAAGAAGAAUGCACAAUGAUGUAUUAGUUUUGGAUGGUUUAGAGCCACCUCCACACUUUGAAUCUUUAAGAAUUGAGCUCUACAUGGGCACCCGACUGUCUCCUAUUUGGAUGAUGUCCUUGACUACAUUGAAAAAGCUUACUCUUAGUGCAUGCUUGAAGCUAGAGUGCUUGCCUCCUCUGGGGAAGCUGCCGUUCCUUGAAUCAUUAGUGAUAGCAUCCACGAAAAAUGUUCAAAAGGUGGGAGAUGAAUUUUUGGGAAUAGAAUUAGAACCCAAGAACAAAAGCAAAAAUAAGAAAGACGACUAUGACGUCGUAUUUCCAAAUCUGAAAUUUCUCAAAUUUGUGGAUCUGGACAACUGGGAAGAAUGGAAAGAGAUCGGAGCAGCGAGAGAAGAAGUAGAGAAUGGUACUCUUAAGAAUAAUGCCACGUCUUCAAUCCUUGAGAAUUAA